AUGGCCCGUACGAUUCGGUACGGCGGACUCUGCAAGCCAGGACGGGCGCGUGGUAUGGUAUGGUAUGGUACGGUAUCGUAUUGCUCUAUCAAUCAACUUGCUGCUUGCUUGAAUCCCGUAAAACAAGGUCACAUGCGAACUGGAGGCGGUGACCCCAUCCCGGCAGAGUGGUUAUCGGUCGGAGCUUGUACAACCUCCACUCAUUAUAUUGCUGCUCCCAAGUCCCAAAAUAGCGGGCGUGCCGCUCUCCUAGCAGAGCAUGGCGUCGAGUUUGGGUAUUUCGGCAACAGCGUUAUGGUCUUGGUCAUUUUAUUGGACGAGUUCACCGUACCUCAACCCGUGGACCCGUCGAGUGGCUACAUGGUAACUAACACGGAGAGAGCAGUUAGCAGUUACCUGGGCGCUUGA